AUGAUAUUCUCGGAAAGAAUACAAAAGGGAGAUAAACCAAGAUUGAAGCGACGUCGUAUAGGGCGUGGAAAAUGGGAUCCAAUCAAUAAAACAGAUUCGGAGUUCUCAACAGUCGGUCUUUUCAGUAAGAUCAUCAUCGAGAUGCCAUCUGCGAAACCCUUCUCCGCCGCCGCAGGCAUGCUACGAUCACGGUUGACCUCCGCCCUCCGCCAACGAGGCGGUGAUACGACUAGCCGAUGGACUACCCCUGGCCACCAGGAGCGACCUAAUGGCUACUUUCUAAACCGAACCCCUCUUCCACCCGGCCAGUCGAGGAAAUGGGAAGAUUGGGAGCUACCUUGUUACGUCACCAGCUUCCUAACAAUUGUCAUCCUCGGGGUCGGACUCAACGCCAAGCCCGAUCUAACCCUAGAGACCUGGGCUCGCCAGAAAGCUAUAGAACGGCUUGCAUCUCAGAAACAGAUAGUUGCGGUGUCCACAUCUGACGAAUCCGAUUGA